AUGUUGAGGUCUCUGAGAUUGAUCACCAGAUCUGCUUCCCGUCUGUCCAGACAUUUGUUAUCUAUCUCCAGAGUGUCGAUCCCAUCGAUAAGAUUGAAUUCUACCGUCGCUGAUGUUUCCUCCAACAAAUACGCGAAGGUUUACAACUCCUCCCCGGUGGUCAGUGAUUUAAAGCCUUUGGACUCGUUCCAACGUCGUCAUUUGGGCCCAAACGAGACCGAAGUCGCUCACCAAUUGAAGACCUUGGGUUACAAAGAUUUGGACGAAUUUGUCAAAGCCGUGGUUCCUGCUAACAUCUUGGUAAAAAGACCUUUGAAAAUCGAACCUCAAAACGGUUUCAGUGAAUCCCAAUUGUUGGCUCACUUGAAAAGUAUUGGUGCUAAAAAUAAUGUCAACAUCAAGACCUUCAUUGGGAAAGGUUACUACGGGACCAUCGUUCCUCCAGUGAUCCAAAGAAAUUUAUUCGAGGCCCCAGAAUGGUAUACUUCUUACACCCCAUACCAGCCGGAAAUCUCCCAAGGUAGAUUGGAAUCGUUGUUGAAUUACCAAACCGUCGUUGCCGACUUGACAGGUUUGCCGGUCGCUAAUGCAUCAUUGUUGGAUGAAGGGACCGCCGCUGCAGAAGCGAUGAUCUUGUCGUACAACUUCUGCAAAAAAAAGAAGCCGGUGUACGUUGUCGACGCCAAUGUUCAUCCACAAACUAUGGCUGUGGUCCAAUCCAGAGCUAACACCCUCGGGGUUGAAUUAAAGGUGUUGGACUUGACCUCUGGUGGUGAUGCCGGUUUCGAAGAACUUCAAAGCAUCUCAAAAUCAGUUUGCGGGGUGUUGGCACAAUAUCCAGCCUCUAACGGUACAAUUUAUAAGAAAUUCCAAAAGAUCAGUGAUUUGGUCCAUGCUAAUAAAGGUUUGUUUGCUGUCGCUACCGAUUUGUUGGCGUUGACUUUGAUCAAGCCGCCAAGCUCAUUUGGUGCUGAUAUUGCUUUGGGUUCGUCUCAAAGAUUCGGGGUUCCAUUAGGUUACGGUGGUCCUCAUGCCGGGUUCUUAUCUGUUGUUAAUGAAUUGAACAGAAAAAUCCCUGGUAGAAUUGUCGGUGUUUCUAAGGAUAGAUUAGGCAAUCGUGCCUUGAGAUUGGCUUUGCAAACCAGAGAACAACAUAUCAAGAGAGAAAAGGCUACUUCUAACAUUUGUACCGCCCAAGCUCUUUUGGCAAACAUGGCAUCUAAUUACGCUGUUUACCAUGGUCCAGAUGGGUUGAAGAAAAUUGCCCAAAGAGUUCAUAUCUACACCAGUAUUUUGGCCAGUUACGUGCAAGGCUCCCAUGAAAUUGCUAGUGAAAAUUUCUUCGAUACCUUGACUGUCAAAUUGAAUGGUGUUACUGCUAAAAAUUUCUUACAAACUGCUCUUGCUGAUUAUGGUAUCAAUUUAUACAAGGUUGAUGAAACCACUGUUUCUUUAUCGCUAGACGAAACUAUUGUUGAAUCUGAUUUGAUCAAAUUGAUCAAAUUAUUCAGUGGUAAAGCUGUCGACAACGCAACUUUGCAAAAAGAUUUUGAAUCAGUUUCCAUUUCCCUUGAUGCAGAAAUUAUUAGAGAUCAAGCCGAACAUCCAUACUUGACCAAUCCUGUAUUCAACAAGUAUCACUCUGAAACUUCUAUGAUGAGAUACUUACACAGCUUGCAAGCCAAGGACUUAUCAUUGGCCGACUCCAUGAUCACUUUGGGCUCAUGUACCAUGAAGUUAAACUCUGCUGUGGAAAUGAUUCCUGUCUCCUGGCCAGAAUUCUCAUCCUUACAUCCAUUUGUUCCAAAAGACCAAGCUAAAGGUUAUGAAGAACUAAUUGUUGAAUUGGAAAAAGAUUUGGCUGACAUUACCGGGUUCGAUGGUACCACAUUGAUGCCAAACUCUGGUGCUCAAGGUGAAUACACUGGGUUAACCGUUAUCAAAUCCUAUUUGGACAGUAUUGGAGAAACCGACAGAAACAUCUGUUUGAUUCCAGUCAGUGCUCACGGUACCAAUCCAGCUUCUGCUACCAUGGCUGGCCUUAAAGUUGUGGCUGUCAAAUGUAACGAUGAUGGGUCUUUGAACUUGCCAGACUUGGAAGCCAAGGCUAAGAAACAUGCUAAGAACUUGGCCUGUGUCAUGAUCACUUACCCAUCCACUUAUGGGUUGUUUGAACCGGGUGUGAGAGAUGCUAUUGACAUUGUCCAUGCUAACGGUGGUCAAGUGUACCUUGAUGGUGCCAACAUGAAUGCACAAGUAGGCUUGACCUCUCCUGGCGAUUUGGGUGCCGAUGUGUGUCACUUGAACUUGCACAAGACUUUUGCCAUUCCUCACGGUGGUGGUGGUCCAGGUGUUGGUCCAAUUUGUGUCAAGAGUCACUUGAUGAAAUUCUUGCCAGGCCAUCCAUUGAUUGAAACCACUAACACUAAUACCGAAACUGCCAUUGAGCCAGUCAACAGUGCUCCAUUUGGCUCGGCUUCUAUUUUGCCAAUUUCUUAUGCUUACAUCAAGAUGAUGGGUGCCACUGGUUUACCUUACUCUUCUGUCAUUGCCAUGUUGAAUGCCAACUACAUGAUGAAACGUCUUGAACCAUACUACGAGAUCAUGUUCAUUGGUAAAUCUGGUCUUAAGCAUUGUGCCCACGAAUUCAUCAUUGAUUUGAGAAAAUUGAAGGCCGAAGCAGGCGUUGAAGCCAUUGACGUUGCCAAAAGAUUGCAAGAUUAUGGGUUCCACGCCCCAACCAUGUCUUUCCCAGUGGCCAACACUUUGAUGAUUGAGCCAACUGAAUCGGAAAACUUGGACGAACUUAAUAGAUUUGUGGACUCCUUGAUCUCCAUCAGAAAGGAAAUUGACGCUAAAAUGAAUGGUGACUCCACUGGUAAUGUUUUACUCAAUGCUCCACAUAGUCUUGAUGACUUGUUGAGUUCUAAAGAUUGGGAAUCAAGAGGCUACUCUAGAGAACUUGCUGGUUUCCCAUUGAACCACUUGAAGAACGCCAAAUCAUGGCCAUCAGUUUGCAGAGUCAAUGACACUUAUGGUGAUAUGCAUUUGUUGUGCACUUGCCCAAGUGUUGAGGAGGUUGCUGCUGAAAGUGAUUAA